AUGGCCGACGAUGCGCAGCAUGAACAUACCUUCGACAGCGCCGACGCUGGCGCUUCCGCCACUUAUCCGAUGCAAUGCUCCGCCCUGAGAAAGAACGGUUUCGUUGUCAUCAAGGGCCGCCCCUGCAAGAUCGUUGAUAUGUCCACCUCCAAGACUGGAAAGCACGGUCACGCAAAGGUCCACCUUGUUGCUCUCGAUAUCUUCACUGGCAAGAAGCUUGAAGAUCUCUCUCCUUCCACCCACAACAUGGAGGUCCCAAACGUUACUCGCAAGGAAUAUCAGCUUAUCGAUAUCUCUGAAGAUAACUACCUUUCCCUUAUGGCUGAUGAUGGUUCCACCAAGGAUGAUGUCAAGCUUCCAGAGGGUGAAGUUGGCGAGAAGAUUGAGAAACUAUUCCGUGUUGAAGAGAAGGAUACUAAUGUUGUUGUCUUGACUGCUAUGGGCGAGGAAGUCGCCAUGGAUGCUAAGGAAGCUCCCAAGACUGCCUAA